UCCGCCCUUCAGGCAAUAGGCACCUAAGGAGGUGAAUCCCGAUAAUUUUUUUGACCAUGGCGCUUCUAUGUUGGGAGCGAGUGCUUCCAAGUCUUAUUAUUGAAUUGAACAAUUUUGUAAUCACCGACUGUAACUCUAAGAUGGGAACAAAGUAGAGCAAAAGCGUGAGGACCUACUGUCUGCGAUGCGACUGGCGAGUGGAAUACAUCCCGCUUGAAGCGCUUUGCCUAAAUUGAACUCCGAGGAUUUUCUGCCACGGGCAAAGCUUGGCGAUGUCUCUACUUUGCGUGAGAGUGAAGAAGGCCAAACUCCUUGGACCUCCAGAUAAGUUCAAUACUUACGUCACGCUGAAGGUGCAAAAUGUCAAAAGCACAACCGUCACUGUACGUGGAGAUCUGCCAUGCUGGGAGCAAGACUUCAUGUUCGAGAUCAGUCGGCUGGACCUGGGGCUAAUUGUGGAGGUUUGGAACAAGGGCCUGAUCUGGGACACCAUGGUCGGAACAGCCUGGAUUCCCCUGGAUACCAUCCACCAAUCAGAUGAGGAGGGUCCGGGCGAGUGGACCUCUCUGGACUCGGAGGUUCUGAUGAAGGCGGAUGAGAUAUACGGCACCAAGAACCCCACCCCCCACCAGGUGCUGCUGGACACCAGGUUCGAGCUGCCCUUCGAUAUCCCAGAAGAAGAAGCCCGGUACUGGACCAGGAAGUUAGAACGAAUCAACACCAUGCGGAUUCACGAUGAGUACCCUUUGCAUGAUGAUCAGCGAAGACGUCUGCCGCCUGUGCCGUCCCAGUGCUCUUUGGAUGACCACGACAGUGCGGUAGAUGACCGGGACAGUGACUACCGCAGUGAGACAAACAGUCUGCCCCCGAGGUACCACACUACAGCCCAGCCCAACUCCUCAAUGCACCAGUAUCCCAUGGGCCGCCGGCUUCCCCACCAGGCCUUCUCCAGGGAGUCUGCCACCGACUCCAUGCAGAGCUAUGACAUGGAGUGUAGGGAACCCCAGGGCACCAGACCUCCAAAUAGCAGAGGCAGGGUUCAGAUAAUCCCUGUAGAUUCAGGCAUGGGUGUGGAGGACUGGGAAAGCAAGUACAAAGUAUCUGGAAACAUACUGGAUGAUGAGUUUGACCUGGAGGAGGAACAAUGGGAGGAUGAUGAGGACAGCAAGAGUGUUGUUGACCACAUAGCCAGCGUUCAGUCUGAGCGCAGACGCAGCUGCUUCUAUCAGACGGUGGAGUGUGACAGAAUGUCUCCUGACACAGAACAGCAUGACGCUGUGAACAGUCAGAGGAAAAAGAGACACCGCUCCCAUGGGAUACGCAGAGGGGACGUGCGGUUAGUCUACAAGGAGGCUGGGAGCUUUGAGGACAAAACGUCCCCUCCUGAAAUCUCCAUCAUCCCCACUGCCCAGUACUUCCAGCAGUACAGGGAGGAACAACCACGGCAGCAGUUGGCCAGGUUGGAGGAACAGGUGGAGAAGAAGACUUCUCAAUAUCAUCAUUGGAAGGAGGAGCUGAUCUAUAAGACCAGGAUGUGGGCUAAAAACAAUCUGGAGAGUGCCCUGGAAAACUAUGCUGCGUUUCAAGAGCAAGAGGCCGCCAGAGAGGAAGAGGAGGCCCGGCUGAGGGCAAGGACUGAAUAUGACUCCAAUGGCUCAGAUGAACUGCAGUACUCCAUAGGCUCUGAAGAGGAGCUGGACCAGGACACUUACAUGGCAGACUCUGUUCAUACUGAAGAUGAAAGUUACUACAGUCAAAGCCAAUACGCCUCCUAUUAUGAGGGAUACCCAGAGCAACCUCAGGUGUACUGGGACAAUACCAGUGUCAAGGAUAAAGAAGGAAGCAAGGGUCCUGAGGUCAUACUGUCUCCGGUGGGGGAGCCAAAUGAGUACUUGGACACCAUGGAUGAGCUCAAGAAUCUGGUAGACAGUGUGUCUGAGUACUUAGCUGUGAAAGAGGAGGAGAUCAGCAAAUAUGAGUCUCUGCCAAAAGGGAGCAAGUCCAGACUGUUACCUCAGGGCAGUUUAAAACCGGAACCUGGCAUUGAGGACCAGAGAAAAGAAGAGAGCUAUAAAGUUGGGAAGGAGGAACCCGUGGUUGAACCUGGAAUAGUGGGGGUAAAGAAUGUCAUGAGCUCUUUAUUCAGUACUCUUACUGAGAAAGUUAGCUCAGGAUCCAAGCAGAUGUCUACUUCUGCAGACAAGCUGGUUUCCAAACCGCCUUCUGAGAACAAGGAGACUCCUGAAGCCACACCCUUAGCUGAAUCUGGAAUCUCCAAACUGCUGUCUUUCAUCCCUAAACCCACUGGGUCACCACCAGUAGCUAUAGUUCCACCUGCCUCUCAGGAACCUACAUCUGACAAAAAAUUCUCACUGCAGUCCUUGCUGUCUUUUCAGUCCUCAAAGCAUAAUGGACCACAGGGCAGUGAACAGGAAACCCAGGUGGCUGGAGCAGAGGUCCGGAGCAGUAGCAGUGAGAACAGAGUGCAGGAACCAGCUGUAAACCAGCCAGCCUCUAUCGUUGAUUCUGUGUUUGGGAAGCUGAAUCCCUUAAGACUUUUCUCGGAUAAACCGCCUAAUACAGAUGAAGACGCACAGCCUAAAGAUGAGAAUGAAAGGUCUGGGAGUAGGGGAUCCAGAGAGGAGUCCAUAGACCUGCCUAAAAGUGAUGGGAGAAUGUCUUUAGAAAUGCCUGAGGCUGCUCAUAUAGAGGAUCAGUCUUCUACAGAUGGAGAGGGAAUACUGCAAAGAUCUGGAAGUGGGUCACAGGAUCUGCAAACUGAGAGAGAGUUGUCUGGUCAAUCAUCGGACCUACAGGAGAAAGAAUUGUCUAGCAAGCCAGGAUCACAUAUUGAAAAAGGAGUUGCAAAGACUACAAGUCAAGAAGAACCUCAGGACACUGGGUUCUUCAGCCCUUUCAAGAAAUCAAUCACAUCGCUGAUAUCCUCUGCACCCACUGAAAAACCUGCCCAAAGUGAGACUGCACCAGCCUCCUCAGUGUUCAAUCUCUUUAGAUCUGAUGGGGAUGUUAAAUUGGAAAAGCCAUCUGAGCCAUUCUCUCUGGGUAACAAAAUAAAGGUUCCUUUCUUCUCUUCUGAAACUACCCCUGCUGCACAAGCUCCAAAACCAGAAGGAGGAAUGUUAUCAGGCUUUCUGAAAUUUGCCACUGGUGAAGAUGCCAGUGCUCCCAAAACUAGCAGUGGAGCAUUUUCAGCUCCAGGCCCCACUGGCACGACAUCACCUAGGAACCCUAAUACAACUAAAACCUAUUCGGCAAGCCGUGCUGCUCUUCUCGAAAGCGUGCCCAGGGGGAACACAGACACAGGGUGGUUCUCAAAUCUCUUUAAAGUGACCUCUAAUGAGGACGUUCGCUCCCGACCACAAGCAAAGCCACAGGAUGCCUCUGUCCUCCCUGAAUCUGUAUCACUGAUCAAGCCUAUUCAUGGUGACAAACCACCUGUUGGGCAUGUUUCCUCAGAUAAAGAACCAGUGGCUGGGGAUUCAAUUCAAGAACAAUCAUCAACACAGGUGGGUGAUGAACAAAACCCUGAACCACAAAUUCAGCCAAAACCCCAGCCCAAACCUCAAGCUGAGCAGCAACCUCAGGGUUUGCUCUCGGGACUGAUUAAAUUAGCUGCACCUGAAAAUUUAAAUGACAACAAGGCUCAGGCGGGCACAAGCCAGCCUCAACUGGGAGGACUAUUGUCAGGGCUAUUUACUGCUGCGCAGGGGAACACUCAACCACAAUCUGGUGAUCAGAAUCCACCACAAGGAACUGCAUCUGCAGGACUAUUCUCUGGGCUAUUUAAAUUAGCCUCACCUGGUAACCAGCCACUUGUGACACAACAGCAACAAUUACCUUCCAGUAAUCAAACUAAUCAGCCACAAACCUGCACAGAAAACUUGCUGGGACACACUCAGACACCCCUGCAGCAAGAUUCAGCACCUUCCAGUCAAUCAGGAGGGCUUCUUUCUGGGCUGUUGAAAUUUGGCUCUGAAACUGCCUCUGGCAACCCGACCCCUCCUGCUCAGCAAGAUCUGGGACCACCAGACAGAAAAUCUGAUGAACAGAAAGAAAACUUGCAUACUUUACAACAACAACAGAGUGCUGCACCACCCAGUCAGGCAGGAAGUCUGCUGUCAGGCUUGUUUAAAUUAGCUUCUGAAAACAUAACCACUACUACCCAGCCCUCUGCUGCUAAGCAAGGACAUACUGGGCCUCCUGAAAGCAAUCAAAUUGAACUUGGACAUGAUCAGAAUGUACCCCAACAAAACACACCACCCUCAAGUCAAUCGGGUGGUCUGUUUGAGGGGCUUUUCAAAUUGGCAGCCCCUCCUACCCAGAUGCAUCGAGGCUCACCUGUCAGUCAUUCAAAUCAGCCACAACUAAAGAGCCAGAUUCCACCACAGCAAGCACCCCAAAGUCAGCCAGGUGGGAUAUUAUCAGGGCUUUUUAAUAAGUUAGUCACUCCAGAUAAUGCACCUCAACAACCGCAACCUUUGUCUCCUGGUUGUCAGCCAGGUAAUCAACAGCCUAAACCACUCGAAGAACCACCUAACCAACAAAGUGGAUUCCUCUCAGGUUUGUUCAGUCAGGCUCCUCCUGCCCAGCAGCAACCCAGUGGCCCAAGCUCUCUGCCUAAAAAGCAGGAAGCAAACAGGCUAAAUCAGCUUCCCCAACAGCAAACACCCCCUAGUCAUUCUGGAGGGAUGCUGUCUGGGCUAUUUAAUAAGCUAGCUUCUCCAGAACUGGUGUCCCAACAGUCACAGUCACCACUUGGUGGCCAGUCUGGUGAAAAACAGGCAAAUCUCCCAGGGCAGAAUCAGAACUCACCCCAGCAACAACCUAACCAGCAGGUAGGGUUCUUUUCUGGGCUAUUUGGUUUAGGAUCCACAGAUAAUGUCUCAGCUAGCCAGCCCACUGCAGCAAAGCAUCCUGGGCCUGAAGGAAGUCUGCUUAAUCAGCACCAAGGCAACAGACAACCUUUGCAGUGGCAAAGUCAAAUUCCUCUACCGCAGAGUGCAGCACCUGAAACACAACAAGGAGGGUUGUUAUCUGGGCUUUUUAACAAGUUGACAUCUACAGAUAAUGUACAUCAACAGCAGCAACCACCAGCUAGCCAUCAGCCUAUUCAACUACAGACAAACAGGACAAAUGCACAAGCUCAAAGUCCAGCUCCACCCGAGCAAACCACACCCUCAGGAGGGCUUCUUUCAGGUUUGUUUAAGUUAGCCAAUCCAGGCAAUGCAGCAUCUAACCAACCUUCUUCACAACAGCAACCAGCGGUCUCAGGUAAUCCGCAGCAAGCUAAGAGAAGUGAUAUGCUUAGGCAAAGCCAGAAGCCUCCACAACAAGGGGAAGCACCACAACCCAGUAACACAGGGAUUCUCUCUGGACUUUUCAAGUUGGAAACUUCAGAUACUGAGUCGCAGCAACAACAAAGUCUAGCUGAAAAUAAGGCAGGCCAGGACUGGUGCCACAAGCUUGGGCAAAGUCCGACCCCUCAACUUCAAGAACCUGGAGGGCUGCUCUCUGGACUGCUUAACAAGUUAAUGCCUUCUGAGGAUGUGCCUGCAAACAACAAACUAUUAUCUUCUGUGAGUGAUGCAGGUGUAAGCCACCCACCGUCCCAGAGUGGCAAGCAACUGCAGUUCAAGCCAUCCCAGGACCGUACAGCUGACAGAGACCAUAAGCUAGCAGCACGGCAAGGCUUUCUCACUGGAAUCUUUUGCCAGAGUUCAAGUGAGGAAUCAUCCUCAUCAAAUCCAGGGGUCAAUCCUUUGCCGCAGGAGGGCACAGAACAUAAGCUGAGUGGAAGUUUGAUCUCCAACUUAUUCAAAAGUGGAUCAAAGGAUAGCAGUAGUCAAUUACCUUGUCAAGAAUCAGAAAAGAGGGUGGGCAUCCUUGAUCGAAUAAUUCCAAAGCAAAACAAAGACGAUCCUCAGAACCUUGCCAUGUCAAGCCAUACAGGUGUUUUGAGCUCCAUAGCUGUGAUGUCCCAAUCUGGCCAGCUAUCCAAUUCACAAUAUAGCAAUGGGUAUUUACCAGAGCAAUUUAACAAUCAGCAAUCCCAUACAACAGAAACAUCGUAUGGAAUGGAAAACCUCUGUAACUUGAGACAAGAACAUCAGAUUUCCUCUAUGAUGGCUUCUCAGCAGUUUCUGCAAGAUAGCCUCUACCCAUUAUAUAGCAUGCCAGAAGAAUAUGGUUAUGAAGACCUGUUAUACUCCUUUGCAGACCAUGGAGCAAUUCCUCUUGACCUAUAUGAACAGCAGUGCCUUCUAGAGGAUAUCCUAUGGCAGCAGCUCAAUGAACAUGGCUUUACAGAGACCCUCACUGAACAAGCUCGAGAUUACUUAGUACAAUUAGGAUACAGACUGCCCCCAUAUGAGACACCCCUAAUGGAGCCUCAUCAGUGGUGGAACCCAAGAGAGAUGGAUACUAGUCAAUAUGUCAUUCCUUCACAUCCUUGGAAGGAGUUUAGCAAUCACUCAGUUCAGAAUGGCUUUCAUGAACCUGCAGAUGAGGAGCUAAUACUGUUUGAUAUGACCUGCAGAAAUAAACGCUGGAGCAGUUGUGACAACUUAUGUAAUCAAAAUGUUUUGGGAAAACGACAACCUUACAUUGAAAAUGUGAGUGUCUUGAAUUUAACCACAGAAAAGGUGAAAGAAAAAAGAAUCAGUCGAUGUCAGUCCCUUAAUGAAUGUACUACAACCCCCCAUAAUGGUGUCACUAACCAUGAUAGGUCUGAUAAUCAGGCACAGGCUGCUGAUUUUAAAAAGGGACAGUUUAAUAUUAAAGCAGCUGCAGACUUCCUUAAGCAGCACGCUUCUAAAAAAGGCCCCUUGGAUCUGACUCGCUGUGCAAUGGACUUGAGCUCUUCAGCUGUAAAUAAAGAUGAUAUGGACGAUGACAUGUUUUUGGAUGAGUCAGAGUGGUACCAGCAGUGGCUGUGUCUAUUGGAACAAGGAAUGUGGUGGCCUGCUGAAGCUGGUGAUUGUGGAUACUAUGUAUACACUGAUGAGGAAUAUAUUUAUUCUCUGUUAACCGACAGAGCUGGGAAGCAUGUGUAUGCAUGCACCCUUCAGGAAGAGGCUCAGAAGUAUAGGCAGUACUCCAGUGUCCUGGAAUCUGCUUUGCAACAGAAAGAGAAGAUCACAUUAUGUGGUUUUAAGAUCCCACUCUACAAUGAGGUUGAACUACUUUGGGCCCCUAGGCAACACCAGAGGACCCCUAAUUAUCCUGUUGAUCUCUCUGCAGCCUUCACAAAAGGGGAUAAAAUCAUGAAUAUGAACCUAGGACGUUUCUCCCAGAUGUUUGAAGAAUCUGUUCUCGCACAGAAGGAGCAGCCUGUGGACUUCACUAUGUACAAGCUGAAGAAGGUGAAGAUGGAGAUGGAACAACGACACCAGACAAAUGCAGUUAUUUAUGAACCACCUCAAGAGGCUGCUGAUCUUACAGUGCAGAUGAAGAGAAAACAUGGUGGUCCCUACUGGCAAAAUCAAGGAUUAAAGGAGCUCUCAGCUCAGACAGUUUCUGUGUCUCUUUCUUACACAACCACUACAUACACGUCCCCAGGACUUUAUGGACAGAACCGUCCUCCACAGAGACAGCCACAGAUUCCUGAACUUAGAAUACAGCAUGCUGAAGAAUGGUCUGCUGAGCUGGAGAAGAAGAUUCAUGCUGCAGAGGAGCAGCUGAGUGAGCCAAUCCAGAAGAUCUCCUCCCUCUUCUCUUCUAUUGGUGGCUUUAUGGGGAAAGCUACUGAUUCUGAAUUGAAAAAAGCAUGCACUUCCCCAGACCCGGCAGGCAUUACAGUCUCGCCCACAGAUUCUAAAAGGCUUCCUGAAGCUGCCAUACCUUCAAAAAAUCUUCCUGAGCCUCCCUCAAAUUCUAGAAAAUUUCCAGAACCUCCUACAUCUCCUAGGAAGCUUCCAGAAGCUCCCAGAUCUCCUAGAAAACUUCCUGAACCACCAACAACUCCUAGAAAACUACCAGAAACUCCUAGGGAUAAUGCUAAUUCAGUGUCAUCUAGCUCCAUUCAAAGGGAGCAGCCUCAAUCUAGCCAAACUCAAGGUGUUCCAUCAGUAGAUAAACAGGCUAUAGGCAUCCUUUCAUCAAGCUUUCAGAUUCUGAAGUCAAAGAUCAUCAAAGAGGAGGCUACUGUGCCAGCUAGUGUGGUUGAACCUUCAGGACAACAGAUACCACAACCAGCUACUAUACCUGCUCACAUUUUACCAACACCUCCAGCAAUAGGGUUAGGAAAUUUGUUUGUUCGUAGUCCUACACAGACUGAACAACCUGGUACCCAUAACAAGAAACCACAGCUUGCAAGACAGCCGUCAUUGUCAAAUCAGCCUUCUCCACCAAUGCAAACUACAGCUCAACCUAGUCAGCCUGCCACAGCUCCUGUCAAGACUGACUUUUCAUUCAAAAACCCACUGAAGAUGCCCAGUAUGUUUAAUACUACUGCUCAGUCAACACCUAAGCUAUCAGAAAAACCGACAGAAUCGUCACAGGCUACUGCACUCAAAGGCUUUUUCACAUCAGCAGGAUGGAUUGAAGAAUCCAAAACAGAUACUCCCCUGAUUGUUGUAAAUGAAACCAGAGAGGAAAAACUACCAAAGAGGAAUGGGUCUGCUGUUGGUGCCUUCACAGUUACUAGACUAAAUGCUACUCCAAAGUCAGUUAUUCAACAGCGGAUGUCAGAAAAGACAGAUGUGAGGCAGAACACAAAGGGCUAUCAUGAAGUGGAUGCUAUGUCACUCCAGAAGGCUCCUUUACACUAUAAGGAGGAGCUCCUUUGGGUCCCAGGUCAGCACUUUAGAGAGUCACAUAUCACGAGUACCCCUCUAGACUUCUCAGCAGCUAUUCAAAAUAGCGAUCAGAAGAAGAAGCAAAAGGAGCUUCCCCAGGUGAAAGAUGAUUCCAUAUCAAUACAGAAACAGCAACCUGUGGACUUUACCAGGCAUAAAGUGAAGAAAGUACAAAUGGAGAGUAAACACCACCAGGAUCAGAAAAUAUCUAUAGAAGCUGUUGAUCUAACAGUGGAGAAAGAAGAAGAUCUAUUUCCUUGCUGGAUGAGUGAGAGAUCAGAGGAACUGUCCACUCAUAAGCUUACCCUGUCAUCUAGCUCCAUUCAAACAGAGCAGCCUCAAUCUAGCCAAACUCAAGGUGUUCCAUCAGUAGAUAAACAGGCUAUAGGCAUCCUUUCAUCAAGCUUUCAGAGUCUGAAGUCAAAGAUCAUCAAAGAGGAGGCUACUGUGCCAGCUAGUGUGGUUGAACCUUCAGGACAACAGAUACCACAACCAGCUACUAUAUCUGCUCAAAUUUUACCAACACCUCCAGCAAUAGGGUUAGGAAAUUUGUUUGUUCGUGGUCCUGCACAGACUGAACAACCUGGUACCCAUAACAAGAAACCACAACUUGCAAGACAGCCGUCAUUGUCAAAUCAGCCUUCUCCACCAAUGCAAACUACAGCUCAACCUAGUCAGCCUGCCACAGCUCCUGUCAAGACUGACUUUUCAUUCAAAAACCCACUGAAGAUGCCCAGUAUGUUUAAUACUACUGCUCAGUCAACAUCUAAGCUAUCAGAAAAACCGACAGAGUCGUCACAGGCUACUGCACUCAAAGGUUUUUUCACAUCAGCAGGAUGGAUUGAAGAAUCCAAAACAGAUACUGCCCUGAUUGUUGUAAAUGAAACCAGAGAGGAAAAACUACCAAAGAGGAAUGGGUCUGCUGUUGGUGCCUUCACAGUUACUAGACUAAAUGCUACUCCAAAGUCAGUUAUUCAACAGCGGAUGUCAGAAAAGACAGAUGUGAGGCAGAACACAAAGGGCUAUCAUGAAGUGGAUGCUAUGUCACUCCAGAAGGCUCCUUUACACUAUAAGGAGGAGCUCCUUUGGGUCCCAGGUCAGCACUUUAGAGAGUCACAUAUCACGAGUACCCCUCUAGACUUCUCAGCAGCUAUUCAAAAUAGCGAUCAGAAGAAGAAGCAAAAGGAGCUUCCGCAGGUGAAAGAUGUUUCCAUAUCAACACAGAAACAGCAGCCUGUGGACUUUACCAGGCAUAAAGUGAAGAAAGUACAAAUGGAGAGUAAACACCACCAGGAUCAGAAAAUAUCUAUAGAAGCUGUUGAUCUAACAGUGGAGAAAGAAGAAGAUCUAUUUCCUUGCUGUAUGAGUGAGGGAUCAGAGGAACUGUCCAUUCAUAAGGUUACCCUGUCAUAUACUACAACAAAUUCUACCUAUUCAGGUCUUAAAGAGUGGUGUCAUGCACAACCACAACCACAGCUUCCUCCUCCUGACAUUGCAGUCAGACAGGAACCAUCGGUUCUUCAUAACCAGAUGCCACAUCAUCUCAGAAUGACCUCCUUCUCAAACCAGUCCUCUCGACCACUGCAGCUGACUCACAAACUCAAUAAGGCCCCUGCUGAGCCAGUUAAAGAAGAAAAAGAUGACAAGCCACUUACAAGCCCAUUGGAUAUGUCCAAAGUUUCUGAUGGAUUUCGUAAUGCGAAAUCACUGGGAAGAAAAGGGUCUGUUGCUGAUGAUCCUGCUGAUCUAACUGCUGCACAUGGAUCUGCUAAGACUGAGAAUCCGCCAACUCAAGAGCAGCCACCAAAAUCACCCCAGAUACAGUCACAAUCUUUAAAAUCACAGAAUCUGCCUCCAGAGCCAGACAUGAGAAAUUACUUGAACAGAUGUCACACUAUGAGUCCUAUGCCAUGGAUUCCAGUACAGCAACUGAGAGACUCACGGCUAGGUAGCAUUCCUCUGGACUUCUCUGCUAAUAUUCAAAAAGACAAUGAUAACCAGAAGGCCCUUUCCUGCAAGAUUAAUGAUUUGGUUUCAUCACAAAAAAGGCAGCCUUUGGACUUUACUAAGAACAAGCUGAAAAAAAUGAAGAUAGACAAAAAACAACAGCAGCAGCAGGUAAAUGCUACCAAUCAUCAAUCAUGUUUGGAGGUUGUUGAUCUCACGGUGGAGGUAAAUGAUAAUGAAGGAGUAAAUGACAUUUCUUCUCUGAACUUUCCCGCUCUUCCGUUACACACAGACAUCACCUGUGUUUCCUCUGGCCUUGAUAUACAUUAUCACCUGCAACAGAAGCAGACUCCAUCAGUUCCACCAGCCCAGACUCAAUCACUUAGCCAAAAGUCAUCCUUCUUAAACCAGUCCCCUGUGCUACCUCAAACUACAUACCAACAAAGCCAGACUAUCAUACCAUGGGAAAACAUAGAGCACUCUCACAAAUCAUAUGGAAAACCAACAGAAAUACCACAAAUAUUGAACCAGUCCAAAAUACUACCUCAGCCUUCAUAUCAACAAAGACUGCCUACCACAGUACCAGUAAAAGUAGACUACUCUUUCAAGUCGCAUGGAAAAUCAGCAGAACUAGCAUCAAUGUUGACUCAGUCAUCUGUUCCACCGCAUAAUAUAUGUCAACAAAACCAGGUUGUCACAGCACAAACAAAAGUAGACUAUUCUUACAAAUCAGCAGAAACAUUGCCAGUUAGUAUACCCUCAGGACACAGGUUAUCUGAACAGGACAAAUCAAAACCAGAGCCCUCAAAACCCCUUCCAGCCCAAGCAAAACCUCUGGAAAGGCGAGUAUCUAUUGCUGGUGCUGAUGCCGAUUUGACUGCUUCUACAAAUUACAGCAGAGAUAGAUCUGACCCUAGUAAGCCAACUCUGUACUCAUGUAAAAUGGAGCGUCAGCAGCCUCAGCAGUGCCUUCCUAUAUCUCCCUUAGCACAGCCACAAGCACAAGUUCCACAGCUUCAGCAGAGAGAAUGCAUGAGGACCAACACAGUUGGACAUUACUCCAUGGAUCCUCUUUCACAUUCAAAUAUACAAAUGGAAGAGGCAAUGAAAAAAGCCGUGUGUGCUUUGCCCCAAACACCUUCCAGGCCUAAGGGUCUAUGUAAGCAGUCAACUCUAGGUGGCAUUGGGGAGGACAGCCAACCUGAGAGUUCACUGUCAGUAUCCACUGGAAAAACAACCCAGUCAGCUCCAACUCAAGACAGAUCUGCCAGUGAUUCUAAUCUACCUGAUACAUCUACUAUUAAAGAUUCAAAAGUGAUUGGGUUAUUGUCAAUGUUUAGUGGAGCAGCACCCCAACCAGCUCCUCACCAAGAAGUAUCUGCUUUGGAUACAAAUCUUCCUGAUGCAUCUUCUGCUAAAGAUUCAAAAGUGAAAGGGUUAUUGUCAAUGUUUAGUGGGUCUACCCCACAACCUGCAGCUACUCAGGCAGAGUCAACUCCAUCUGCAUCCUCAAACAAUGACACUCCAAAUAAAGGUUUAUUCUCUAUGUUCAGUGGAACCAGCUCCAGUCUUUCCCCUGAGUCAGGUUUAACCCCCGAGUCAUCACUGUCAAAUGAACUACCUGGAAAAGGUUUAUUGUCAAUGUUCAGUGGACCGAGCCUCCAACCUGAUGCAACCAAAGCAGGGUUUUCACCUGCUGCAUCUCCAAGCACUGACACCCCAGGAAAAGGUAUCCUCUCCAUGCUCAGUGGGACUGUCACCCAGCCUUUUCCAGCAGAGUCAGGGUCAACUCCUGAAGCAUCACCACCUAUAAAAGGCAAAGGAUUGCUCUCCAGCUUUGGUGGAACUAGCCCUCAGCCUGUUCCCACACAAGAGGGAACAACCACUAAUGUGACUCCAUCUGGAACAUCUUCCACUAAAGACCCACCCGGAAAAAGUCUGUUAUCAAUGUUUACUGGAUCGAUCCCACAGUCUGCUACAUCUGAGCCGCCAACAACCACAUAUGCAACAGGAACAUCAGCUGUUAAGGAUGCACUAGGUAAAGGCUUGCUGUCAAUGGUCAGUGGACCCAGUGUCCAGCCAGAUGUGACCCAGCCUGGGUCAACUCCUGCAACAUCUCCAAACUCUGACACCUCAAGAAAAAGUCUCCUCUCCAUGCUCAGUGGGACUCUCGCUCAAACUUCUCCAGCAGAGCUAGGGUCAACUCCAGAAGCAUCACCAUCUAAAGAGACAACAGGCAAAGGAUUGCUUUCCAGCUUUAGUGGGCCUAUCCCUCAGCCUGUUCCCACACAACAGGGAACAACCAUUAAUGUGCCACCAUCUGGAACAUCUUACACUAAAGACCCACCAGGAAAAAGUCUGUUAUCAAUGUUUACUGGAUCGAUCCCACAGUCUGCUACAUCUGAACCACCAACAACCACUUAUGCAACAAUUUCAGGAACAUCAACUCUUAAAGAUGUGCCAGGUAAAGGCUUGCUGUCAAUGUUCAGUGGACCUAGCUUCCAGCCAAAUGUGACCCAGCCUGGGUCAACUCCUGCAGCAUCUCCAAACUCUGACACCCCAGGAAAAAGUCUCCUCUCCAUGCUCAGUGGUACUAUCACCCAGUCUUCUGCUGAAUCAGGUUCCACACCUGGAUCAUCACCAUUAAAUGAAACUCCAGGUAAAAAUCUAUUGUUAAUGUUCAGUGGACAUAGUCCUCAGUCUGUUACAACUCAGCCAGGAUCAACUCCUGCAGUGUCUCCAAGCACAGACAUGCCACACAAAAGCUUGCUGUCCAUAUUUAGUGGGAAUGGCACCCAGCCAUCCUCAACUCAGCUCAGAUCACAACCUGAAACAUCUCCAGCUAAUGAUCUCAAUGGGAAAGGUGUUCUUUCAAUGUUCACUGGAUCUAAUCCUGAGCAGACCCCUUCCCAAACUGGAUCUAUUCUCAGUGGAAUUCCCUCUGGAUCACCUGGAGCUAAAGAAUCUCCUGGAAAAAGUUUAUCGUCCAGUGAACUUAAUCUCCAGCCUGCCUCACCCCUAACAGUGUUAAAACCUAAAGUAGCUCCAGAAGAUAGGACUACAACCAAAGAGAUUGAGCCCAAUAAAGGCCAGUUAUCCAGUGAAUUAACUGUUAGAUCCACCUUACCACCCAAAAAUUUACCUGCUGAAGUAACUGAACCUAAAAGGGUUCAUUCAGUCGACAGUCAAGCAACGUCAAGUGAGCUUAAUGUCCAUUCUACCCCACUUCAGGAAGAAUUAAAUAGUAUAGUCACAAUCUCUGAUGGAACUGUACCCAUAGCAAAAUUUAAAGGUGAUGAUGGGGCAGAGUUUUCUUAUGACUAUAACCUAAAAGAAAAGCCAGGUCCCAAAAUUGCACUAUUGCACUCCACAGAGGUACCUCCAAUACAAAAUGAAGUGACUUUAUUCUGUGAACCUAAUCUCAAAGAAAAAGUGACCCAUGAAAUCACCAUUACAGAAGUGAGUGCAUGCCCUGUAGUAGCUUCAGUUGAAAGUAAAAUAACUUUACCUGAUGAUGUUAGUGCUGAUUCUAAUGUACCUCAGGAAACAAUAGCCCAUAAAGUCACCUCCUCUGAAGCAGCUGAGCCUGUUGUAGUACUUACAGAUCCUGAGUCUGUUCUACACCAGGAAGCAUCAACCCCUCAGGCAAUGCUGCCCAAAGCUACAAUGCCUUCAGAGGUAUCUCCAGGUAACAGAGAAGUGCCAGUGUCUGCUGGAGUUAGACCUCAGCCUCCUCUACAAAGAGAAGUAUUAAUCACAGAAGUUACUUCUCCAGAACAUGUGGCUCCUAAAGAGCCCCCAGCUAAAGGUUUACUCUCAAUGUUUGGUGGAUCCAGUCCUCAGCAGGCUCCAUCCCAGACUGGUUCAUCAAUUCUCCGGGGAAUCCUUCCUGGAUCAUCUGGACCUAAAGAAAUGCCUGGUGCAGGCUUGUUCUCCUUGUUCAGUGGGCCCAGUCCCCAGCCAGCCCCUGACCAAAGAGAUCCAGCCCAACAAAGUAUGCAUGCAGGCACAUCUCCACCUAAAGACACAUCCGGUGUGGGGUUGUUUUCUGUGUUUGGUGGAUCUAGUCCUCAACCAGCACCUGGUCAAAGAGGAUCUACUGUUAGUGAACCUACUGUUCCAAGAGCUGGCAUGAAUGAACCACCUGCAAAAGGGUUAUUUUCUAUGUUUGGAGGUUCAAGUCCAGGGCAAGCAACUCCCUCAACUGGAUCAUCAAUGCUUGGUGGUAUUCUACCUGGGUCAUCAUUCAAAGAGACCCCAGGCACAGCUUUAUUUUCUAUGUUUGGUGGACCUAGUCCCCAGACUGCUACCAAGACAAAAGGUCCAACUCAGAGUGGUACACAGCCAGGCCCAUCAGCACCCAAAGAAUUGCCAGGAAAAAGUUUAUUUUCUAUGUUCAGUGGUCCUAGUCCUCAAACAGGUUCUUGGCAGACACAGCCUGUGCCAGCACCAAGAGCAUCCACUGUGACUGAGGUAGAGGGGCUAGUCAAUGUUCCCUCUGUGUUCUUACAUGCUACUGCUUCUGACCAGAACAAACCCAAUGCUGGUUCUAACCUGCGUAGCAUGUCCUUUAUAGAUGAGAAGAAGCCAGGUGUAGCUAAACCACAGGAUGAAAUCAGUGGAGAAGAUGCCAUUGAUGCAGUCAAAACAAUGUUGGGAAUUACACAACCAGAUUUAAAGAUAGAAACACCUGUCCCCACCACUAUUAUGCAGCCUACAGAGACUGACUAUAUAAAAGAAGACAAUCAACUCCUGGAGAUGCCAGGUGGUUUGUUAAAUGAAUGCCUUGAGGGGCAGGCUCAGUAUAACAUCCAUCAGGAGACAUUACCCAUUCUGCCUAUUGAAGGUGAUCAAACACUAAGUUCUAAAACUGAGGAUUCUGUCAUGCAGGAAACCACUACCACUAUUGCACCUGAUAGCACAUCUAUAGAAACCACUGAGGACAACAAAGCACCCCCAGCCCAAUCUCAGGGAAUUAUACCAGAAAAGCCUCCUUUGAAAGGACAACAGCAAGAACAUGAGCAACAUAAAGACAAGGUGCAGCCCAUGGUUUCAGAGUCACUCUCACAAAAAGAACAAUGUCUGGAAAAAGAGCAAGUUCCAGAAAUCGAGAAAGAUAUUGAGAUCGAGCAACCUACUGAAAUUGAGAAACUACUUGAAACGGAGCAACUCCUUGUAAUUGCGAAACAGGAAUCAGAACUUCUUCCUGUAAAAGAACAAACUCAUACAUUUGAGCAGCCUGCAGUAACAGAGAAGCCUCUAGCAACUGAGCAACCCCCCGUAAGACAGCAGCAAUUUCAUCCCCAACCAAAACCACAAACUAAAUCAGGGGUGGUGAUGCACCCAGGUCAGCCUUCAGGCCAGGGGACUAGGGGACCACAGAGGUCACCUGAGCCUGAGAAAUCUGUCCUGGACUCCUCAGCUGAGGUGUUUUCUGGCUUCAUGUCUGGCUUCAAGAUGUUCUCUGGAUCAAACGGUGAAUCCAAGCCUGCAUCCAGCAGCUUUUUCUCAACCCCACAGUCAUCAUUUUUCAAGUCCUCUCCUAGCCCUGCAUCCCAGCCACAGCAGAAGAACUCCUUCUUCAACCUUCCCACUAGCCUCCCAACAGAGUCCUUGAAGGGCGACCUCUUCAGCAUGUUCAAAGGACCAGAACCACCUAAGCCGGCAGAGACUAAACCAUCUCCAACAGUCAAACUUCAAUCAAAGCCUAGUGCUCAAGUUGAAAAAAUGCAUCCCGAAGAUACAACUGUACCUGCUGCUGGUGUCAGCGAUCAGGUUAAAGCAGCUGGUGAAGUGACUGCUAUAUCCAAAUCUGAUGUUGACGACAAAAUGAAACCAGAAACCAGGACCAUAGGACCAGCUACCGAAACUGGCGAUGGCAGAACAAUCAUAAAUGAGGUCAAAACAUUGUCAGAAACAAAAGCUGAGACUUCAAAACCUUCUGUACCUAGUCAUGGAUUGUCCACUGUUGAGCCUGGACAAAAACCUGCAUCAGAGGUGGCUAAAACAAUUCCAGAAGUUACGCAAGACUCCGGAGACUUGAGUAAGACUGAUAAAUGCAUGGCUGCAGAGGAUGACAAAACAUCCACUGGAGAAGAUGUUCCUUCCUUGCUGGAAACGGACACAUUGCUCACUGUUGCAGCAGGUGAAAAGAGCCAUCCUCCUGAUGCAACUGUGGAGGAAAAAUACAUUUUAGCUCUGGGAGAUGUACUCCAGGAAGAUCCGGGGUUGAUUACAGGUGAAUCUGAGGGGAAAUGCAUGGUCAAAGCUGGCCCACCAUCAGAAAGCCUUAACGAGGCUCCUCUGGGAGGCAAACCACCAUCACCUGCUGAGCCUCCUCCUGCUAAGUCCAUGUUUGAGAUUCCCAGUUUGUCUGGCCCUUCAUUUGGUUUCAUGUCCGGGGCUGGUGACAGUGGCAAACCUUUCGGGUCCCUCUUCUCAUCAACUCCCACUGUUCGCAAAGCAAAUCAAGCUCCACAGGCAGAAAGUGGAGGCCUCCUGUCAGGCUUCAAGAGUUUCUCGGCCAGUCUCUUUCAAGAGGAGAAACCAGCUACAGGGAAGGACCCAUCAGCUGCCUCAGUGCUUGAGAAGAAGCUGGGCCUAUCUUGCCAGACUUCUGAUGUGCCUAAGCCACAGUCUCCACUCUCUUUCGAGCCUCAGCCCACAGUGAAAGAUGUCAAAAUUUCUGAGGCUGAAGUUAAUGAGGCCCCAAGCAAAACUCAGCCUGGAGAGCUUGAACAGGAUUCAGAUGAAACAGAGGGUGCAGAUAGCAGUGGCACUGACGAGCUGAGUGAGAUGUCUCUAGAAAAAUCUCAAAUCUUAGAUAAAGGCAGAGAAAGUCAGGAGGUAUCUAAGCAGGCAUCAUUAGACCUUGUUGAGGAUGAAACAGUCAGCACAAUCAAACCCAAGGUGCAAUUCUGUUUGCCUGCGACAGACAAGUCAAAAACCCAGGACAGUAAGGAUGAGAACUCCCUCUCUGAACCCCUUACCCCUGCAGAUUCCAGUGCAGAACCGCAACAGGACAAGCAAUCCAAGCAGGAUCUUGAGAAAAGCCCGGUGGACAGUAGCCGUUUCGGCUCCUCGGGCAACCUCAGCCAGGCCAGCUCCCAGCUCAGCUCCGAGCUGGAGGAGCGCCGGGACCUGGACUCGUGCCACUCCUACCACAGCUCCAGUAGUUACCCAGCCGCCGACGGACAUGCCGCCUCCUGGGAGGAGGAAGGGGAGGAGGAGAAGGGAACCCCCGGAGACACCUCCCAGACUGGUCCAGCCCAGGCCCCAGAACCCCAGGAGAAUAAGCCAGAGAAAUUCAGCAGUUUCUUGGACAAUGGACCUCCACCCUUCUCACCAUCCAGACUACGGUGGUUGAAGGCUAUCAACAAAGUCCGUGUUCAGCUGCAUGAGAACCGGGACGAUGAGGGCGACCCCAGCAAACACCCGUGGGUCAAGCAGGGUGGAGGUGGCCUUUUCGGCAUCGACAGCAUGCCUGACCUCCGAAAGAGGAAACCUAUCCCGCUGGUCAGUGAGUUGUCCUUGGUACAGUCCAGGAAAGCUGGGAUCAGCUCGGCCAUGGCCACUCGAACCUCCCUGAAGGACGAAGAGUUGAAGAGCCACGUGUAUAAGAAGACCCUCCAGGCGCUGAUAUACCCCAUCUCCUGCACCACGCCCCACGCCUUCGAGGUGUGGACGGCGACCACGCCCACCUACUGCUACGAGUGUGAGGGGCUGCUGUGGGGCAUCGCCCGGCAGGGCAUGAGGUGCUCCGAAUGCGGGGUCAAAUGCCACGAGAAGUGCCAGGAGCUGCUCAACGCCGACUGUCUGCAGAGGGCGGCGGAGAAGAGCUCGAAGACGGGAGCGGAGGACCGCACGCAGAACAUCAUCAUGGCCAUGAAGGACCGCAUGAAGAUCCGCGAGAGGAACAAGCCGGAGAUCUUCGAGGUGAUCCGCGACGUCUUCGGCGUCUCCAAGCUCACCCACGCGCAGCAGAUGAAGACCAUCAAGCAGAGCGUGCUGGACGGCACCUCCAAGUGGUCCGCCAAGAUCACCAUCACAGUGCUGUGUGCCCAGGGGCUGCAGGCCAAAGACAAGACGGGUUCCAGUGACCCUUAUGUUACGGUUCAGGUAGGGAAGACCAAGAAGAGGACCAAGACCAUCUACGGUAACCUCAACCCUGUCUGGGAAGAGAAGUUCCACUUCGAGUGCCACAAUUCUUCGGACCGCAUCAAGCUGCGCGUGUGGGACGAGGACGACGACAUCAAGUCCCGGGUGAAGCAGCGGCUGAAGCGCGAGUCCGACGACUUCCUGGGCCAGAGCAUCAUUGAGGUCCGCACGCUCAGCGGGGAGAUGGACGUCUGGUACAACCUCGAGAAAAGGACGGACAAGUCGGCCGUCUCUGGUGCUAUAAGGCUGCAGAUCAGUGUGGAGAUCAAGGGGGAGGAGAAGGUGGCACCCUAUCACGUCCAGUACACCUGUCUGCACGAGAACAUCUUCCACCACUUCACGGACGUGGAGGGUCAGGGUGUGGUCAGGAUCCCGGACGCCCGAGGCGAUGACGCCUGGAAGGUGUACUUUGACGAGGUGGCGCAGGAGAUUGUGGAUGAGUUUGCAAUGCGUUAUGGGAUAGAGUCCAUCUACCAGGCCAUGACACACUUUGCGUGCCUCUCCUCCAAGUACAUGCUGUCUGGAAUCCCUGCCGUCAUGAGCACUCUGCUGGCCAACAUCAAUGCCUUCUACGCCCACACUACCGCCUCCACCAACGUGUCCGCCAGCGACCGAUUCGCCGCCUCCAACUUCGGGAGAGAGAGGUUUGUUAAGCUCCUGGAUCAACUGCACAACUCUCUACGUAUAGACCUCUCCACUUAUCGCAACAACUUCCCUGCCAGCAGUAAGCCACGUCUGCAGGACCUGAAGUCCACAGUGGAUCUGCUCACCAGCAUCACCUUCUUUAGAAUGAAGGUCCUGGAACUGCAGAGUCCCCCCAGGGCGGGCCAGGUGGUGAAAGACUGUGUGAAGGCGUGUCUCAACUCCACCUACGAGUACAUCUUCAACAACUGUCAGGAGCUGUACAGCCGGGAGUACCAGCCCCAGGCAGACCCCAACAAGCAGGAGGAGGAGGCUCCUGAGGAGCAGGGUCCCAGCAUUAAGAACCUGGACUUCUGGCCCAAACUCAUCACCCUCAUUGUGUCCAUCAUCGAAGAAGACAAGAACUCCUACACCCCCGUCCUCAACCAGUUUCCCCAGGAGCUGAACGUGGGAAAGGUCAGCGCUGAGGUCAUGUGGACCCUGUUCGCCCAGGACAUGAAGUACGCCAUGGAGGAGCAUGAGAAGCACAAGCUAUGCAAGAGCGCGGAUUACAUGAACCUGCACUUCAAGGUGAAGUGGCUCUACAACGAGUACGUCAAGGACCUCGCCACCUUCAAGGAUGUCGUCCCAGACUACCCGUCAUGGUUCCUGCAGUUUGUCCUACAGUGGCUGGCUGAGAAUGAGGACGUUUCCCUGGAGUUUAUGCAGGGGGCCUUGGAAAGAGAUAAGAGGGAGGGGUUCCAGCCGACGUCUGAGCACGCUCUGUUCUCCUGCUCCGUGGUGGACAUCUUCACCCAGCUCAACCAGAGCUUUGAGAUCAUCAAGAAACUGGAGUGCCCAGACCCAACAGUUGUGGCCCACUACAACCGCCGAUUUGCUACGACCAUAACCAAAGUGCUUCUGCAGUACUGUGCCAUCCUCACCAAGAGUUUCCCCUGCUACUGCGAGAAGGAAAAGAUCCCAUGUGUCCUCAUGAACAAUGUCCAACAGCUCAGGGUCCUGCUGGAGAAGAUGUUUGAGUCCAUGGGUGCCAAACAGCUUGACCCAGAGGCUGCAGAGCUGCUUAAUGACCUGCAGGUGAAGCUGAACACCGUUCUGGACAACCUGAGUGCCAUGUUUGGGAAUAGCUUCCAGAGCCGAAUCGACGGCUGUUUGCGGCAGAUGGCUGAGCUGUUGUAUCAGGUGAAGGGACCUGUCAAUGCUAACGCUCGCAAUACUGUGGAAUCUGACUCUGACAACAUCCUCCGCCCCCUCAUGGAAUUCCUGGAUGGAAAUCUCAUACUGUUUGCAUCGGUGUGCGAGAAGACUGUCCUGAAGCGGGUUCUGAAGGACCUGUGGAGGAUCGUGAUGAACAGCAUGGAGAAGAUCAUUGUACUUCCGCAGAGCAACGACAGCUUUGGGGUACAAAUCCUCACGGCUGCUAAGGAACUUGGACAGCUAUCCAAACUCAAGGGAGCAGGCGAGACUAAAAGCCUGAGCCCGAAACAGUGUGCCAUCAUGGAGGUGUCCUUGGAGACCAUCAAGCAAUACUUCCAUGCCGGGGGGAAUGGGCUGAAGAAGGCGUACCUGGAUAAGAGCUCGGAGCUGUCCUCGCUCCGCUACGCGCUCUCCCUCUACACGCAGACCACCGACGCGCUCAUACGCACCUUCGUCACCAGUCAGCACACUCAGGGGUCAGGAGUGGACCGGCCCGUCGGCGAGAUCUCCAUACAAGUGGAACUUUCCACAAACCCUGGAAAUGGAGAGCAGAAGGUCACCGUGAAAGUUGUGGCGGUGAAUGACCUGAAGUGGCAGACCUCCGGAAUGUUCCGGCCCUUCGUGGAGGUCACCAUGAUCGGACCCCACCUCAGUGACAAGAAGCGAAAGUUCUCCACCAAGUCCAAGAACAACAGCUGGUCACCCAAGUACAAUGAGACAUUCCACUUUGUCCUGGGUAACGAGGCGCCCCUGGACUGCUACGAGCUGCAGGUGUGCGUGAAGGACUACUGUUUCGGGCGGGCCGACCGGAUGGUGGGCGUGGCCGUGCUGCAGCUGCGGGACGUGGAGAAGGGCAGCUGCGCCUGCUGGUGCCCCCUGGGCCCCCGGGUCCACAUGGACGAGACGGGCAUGACCGUGCUCCGCAUCCUGUCCCAGCGCUCGGCCGACGAGGUCGCCAAGGAGUUCGUCAAGCUCAAGUCCGAGACCCGCUCCGCCGAGGAGGGGAGAUGAGAGGAGAGCGGCACUGGGGAGCACGAGGAGGGCGGGGCCUCCUGACUUGGCUGUCCAAUGAGAAGGGCUUGUGCAUGAAUGUGACUAAUUAGGGGGUGGGUAUUGCCUGACUUUCAGUUCCCACCUUCUCUGCUUGUUCUGGAUGAGGAAGAGAGAGAGGGAGGGAGGGAGGGAGGGAUAGAGAAGGAGAGCUGUGGGUGAAAGAAGGGUUUCAUGACUGCAGUAUCAUGCACUCACUCUUCUUCUGCUUCUUACACCUCCCACGCACUCCGGGCUGAAGACGUGACAUGACCGCUGACCACUUCUCUCUCUCUCCCUCACACGUGCACUCACACGCACACACACACACACACACAUACAGUUUCCGCACACAUGCACACAUUCUCACUGACAUUCUAUCUGUUUGUCAGUCUGUGGAUCUGACAGGGCCUCCACCGUCCAGUCAGACAGUCAGCCUCUGGCUUUCUGUCCAUGACCACCACUGCUUCUCUCGAUAACGGCCACCAUGUGGGGUUGGUUUGGUUUGGACUCGCUUACAAUUCCCCAAGACUAAUCACAGCAUCUACUGCCUUACAGUUUUCUAGUUCUGAAUGUGUGGGGUUCGACAGUUGCAUUGCUGAUAUUGACCAUCGAUGACAUCCUCAUUCAGAGACGUCGGCCAUCCUUCUGUGUUAGGUUGGGUAAAUACAGUAAAUACAUCCAAAUACCUGUUUACUUGUGCGCUCCAGAAUAUUUAUUUAUUCCGUGCACUGUGGGCUCAGUAUUGACUGAGACACCUGGCACGUAUUGUAAUGGGUUUUUUUUAACUGUGAUUUUAGAGACCAACAACUUCUAUGGAUGUGAAUGUAGUAUGAAACAUAGUCACCAUUAUCAGUCCAUAGCCUUACCACUUUCAGGAAAAAGAACUGUUUCUUAUUUGAGAUGGACAGGGGAAUGUUCUCUCCCCUCGUACCUGCAAGAUCUGUGAAUAGAAUGUUUUUACUUAUUAUUUACUUAAUAUGCAUUUUUAUGCGUUUUACUCUAUCAACAGAAUUUCAUUCCUGCUCUUAAAAUAGUGAGGUCUCAUGAAAUCUUUGAAUCUAACCCUGGUGCGCUGAGGGGCUCUUUUGAGUUUGGGGUUUCUCUCUGGGACUGUAGGAGGAGCUGUCUGUAGGACUGGUGAAUAACACAAUUGGAGGGUGUGGGGGUGGAAUUGCGAAAUCAAUGUCAGGAAAGAGACAGAUGCAGCGCUGAGGUAAAUCCACACGUGGUUUAUAAGCUAGUUAAUUUCACAGCUUCCACAGUCCUGUUUUCUGCUAGGCUUUACUGUAGAGUCUGAGGAAUCCUGGGAAAUUCUGCUCCCUUCAAAUGGAUCCUGGCUUUCGUUUCUCUCAUUGCAGUACCUCAGCAUUAAGAAAACCUGGUGGAACACUUUUCAUUUCCUAGAUAAUAAAGGCUUUUUCACAAUUUUUUUUUGUCUCUGCACACAAACUGUUGCACUGAUAUUGCCGCUCAUCGUACCAGACAGAUCAUCGGCAUAUGGUACGGUUGUUGAUGUGGGCUGUGCUGAAUAUUUGUGAAAGUCCUCCUUGAGACACGGCUCAUCCACGCAAAAAAGCAGAAUCAAUCGAGAAAAGAAAAAGACCAAAAUGUUUAAAAUGGCUUCAUUCCAGAGCUUGAGAACAUGAAACAUUCCUGUAGCCAUUUGAAAGAGCAGGCUUAGGGGUAACCUACAGACUUUUCAGGUCAAACUGGCCCCAAUUCAAUGUUAGCACAGAUGUGGAGUACUCUCUGCACGUUCAACUGUAGAAAAAAAAAAAAGCGGCAGUAAGGGAAUCCGCCUGGUGUACAGAAAUCAUUUUACACUGAAGAGCGACAGUUUGUCUUCUAGGUUCACAGCACAGGCCUCUUUCAAGAUGUCUGCUGGAAGGCAGACUGUGACUGGACAAUAAAAGGGGUGGGGCCCCAUAAGACCCUCCCUUGCCAUUCAGGAAGAGAAAAAAAAAAUCCAUAUUUUGUGUGCAUACCUCGUGCCAAGCAGUGCAAAUGGUCAUUCUUGAAAAUUUUUACAAUGUGAACUCUUGCACAAAUAUUUUUCUUGAUUAUAAAUAUGUGAAAAAAAUAGCAUGUAAUGUACUGUAUACAAUCAAAGUGACAGACCAUGGGUUGUGAAUUUAUUUAUGUACUGUCACUUGGGAGCGAGUAAUGAGCACUGAUCAGUGAAAGAAUUGUACUCUGUAAAAUGUCAAAAUACUUGUACCAAUUCAUGAGUUUUGUAUAUAAAGUAUUUAAGAACCGA